AUGCCCUACCAUCAAGUCCCAGCUCAAUGCUCUGGCGGAGAGAGUCUCAGCGGUGUUGGAGGACCACGCUGUGGACUCCUGGUACAAGACCAUCGAGCGAGCUGGAGAAGACUGGAGAGGUAUCCACCGCAUAUGCCGCCACGUUACCGCGCAACGGACCGAGCCGACAUCUUCGCUGACUACCUGGAGACCCAGUUCCAACCAUACCCAGCCGAAGACACCCAGCACGUAGAGGAAGUCGAACAAACCGUAGACGAAUACCUCGAGCAAGCGAUAGCCCCCACGGAAGACCCCAUAAUCAUCACCCCCGGCCAAUUUUUUUCCAGAUUCGCCGUACUAAGCUCCGGAAGGCCCCGGUCCUGA